AUGGCGGUCUUCAAAAAGAAGCCGAAGGCCAAGGAUGAUACCUAUAUCCUACCUCCUGCCGCAUCGUCAGAUCCAGCUCUGCAGACCAAACUAUCCCGGAGUUUGAAGCGCAAACAGAAGAAUGUGGUGGAACCAAAGCCUGAGAUUGACCUUACCAUGGCGCUUCCAGAUACAAAUGACUUUCGGACCAGUCUGUUGAUGCCUGGCCUGUCCGCCCGCUUCAGCAUGCUUCGGGAGCAGGACGACCCAAAUACCAAAGUCGGCAAAGCUAGCGACGACAGUGUUCUAUUCCCAAAAAGAGCCUCUCGGCUAAACUUGUUCUCCCACAAUCCCUUGACAGAUAUUGCCGAGACCGAAUCAAUCAAGACCGCAUUCAGGGCACCAUUCUCCGAAGAAGAUCGUUCCUACUCGUUUUCUGAAGCAGCUGGAUAUGCCAGCGACGAGGCCGGGUCCGUGCUGGCAAGGUCGAGGCCUGUGGACGGCAACAAUCUUUUUGGCGGUCGGCAGAAGAUGUACCGGAUCCCGACCGCCAAUGGAUCUGGUUCGUCCAAGGAUUUGACUGAAGGCCCGUUACCAUUGACAUCUGGAAGGCAUGUUUACCAGAGUGAUGUCAUCUUAUCCCCGUAUCAACAGAUGCGUCAGAAGGCUCGGGAGGAGCAGGAGCGCGAAGAAUCUCGCGAGAGGCCUGCUAGUGCAGGAGCCGAAGAGCCUGAUCGUAGCAGUGUUAUCAACACUCCUUCGACGGGAUUUAGCAAGAGCAGGGGAACGACAUCAUCCACAGCCUCAGGGCCUUCGAAUCGACGCACCUCAACAGCUGCCACGUCGGUCGUGUCGGAUACGCCACAUCCCAGGCAAAGCAACACGAGCGCCAGCUCGAACAACCGUAUGCAGGGUUCGGAAUAUGGCAGCGAAGAAAACCUGCUCAAGCGUAACUUUUCUUCCGACUCUCGAAAAGGAUUUCCAGGGCUGGACAACCAGGUCCAACCUCCGCUCCCCACGUCUCCAUCGAACAGUCGCCAACUCUUUCAGUCAAGCAGUGUCACCAAUCUUGCGGACAAGUAUGCUCAUGGUGCUUCUCCAUUCUCUGCAACCGCCUUCCGUGCUGCAAGUCCACCUCCCGUUGCCCAAUCGCAGGCACUAGCUUCACUCGACUUCGGACUCAAAAGUUCCAACAAUCAUCCUCGGAGAUAUCAGACAGCCUCUCCAACGCACGAGGAAGAUGAGGGAUUGAUUUACAAACAAAGCCUUCAACCGAACGAUCGUGGCAAGGCCACUGCGAUGGGAUUGUUUAACCGACCGCAGCAACAAUUUGACGAGGCAAAAUUUCAGGAGCGACAACUACAAAUGCACGGAGGCAGGAUUUCACCACCCACCUCUGACGGUCCCGACUAUGGCGGGAUUACAGUGCGGCAGAAUGUGCCUGGUCGAGUUGUCCUUCCCUCCAUUCCGACUUCUCCUUUCAAAACCUUUCGCGGCCGAGAGUCCGGUAGUACUUCGGCCACUUCUCGUUCAAGAGCACAAUCAACUGCAUCCUCAAUCAAUCCUGCACAAGUCCAAGCCCAAGUUGAAGCACUUAUCAGGCGCCAGAACGAGGAAUAUUCAACACUUCAGACGCAUAAGUCCACAACGGCUGAGCCCAAUGGCGUGUCCCUGCCACCACAACCUCCAAAAUCACUCAGAGAGCAGCCUGCGGCAUCCCGAGGAACAUUUUUCGAUGCCUCUGAUGGCAGUGAUGAAGAUGAUGCCGACAGUCCCAUGUUGGGCAGGUACGAGCCAGCACCGAGACUUGCUCCAUUGGACGUCCACCCAGCCCUCCGGGACGCGUCACAAGCUUUUGACUUCGGCGAACAUGUCACGGCUGUCGUCAAGUCUGGUCGACCUCAAUCGAAUAUCUCAGCGGAUACUUCUUCUCCUUCGGUGACACAUGAUACCCCGGAUACUUCAGAUUCGCUACAUCGUGCCUCUGACACGAGGACCAAAGAUUCCCCUACUUUUGGCCCUACAACGGGGCUGGGCUUGAGUGGAUUGAUCAGGACUCAUCUGCGACAUGACAGCGACCGAUCCUCUGUGCUGCCACCACCCUCGCCGGGACAGCCUCCGCAUCACUCGAACUUCCCAUUCGGCACCCUCCGUGAGCGCGAGCCCUCUGUUGUCUCUAUACCCACAGGUAACUAUCGAACCUCUGUACGUGAAAGGGAGCCCUCUGUUGCUUCUACCCAGCCAGGCAUAUAUCCGUCGCCUCUCCACGGUAGGGAGCCGUCAGUUGCUUCCACCGCGCGGACCACGAACCCUCCGGAGAGCACCCACAGUGAUCCUUGGGAAUUUGAUAAUGCUCACCGCACUGUACGGAGUCCUCUGGAGCCAGCGCAGAGCGAUCACAUACCUGCCAUGUCUCAAAAAGCACAACAGAUUCUCGGCCAGGCAAUGUCUCAUAGGGACCAAGCCUCGAGCAAGACACAACAGGCCCUUGGCGAUGAAGUCCUGGGAUCAAGCGAAUCACAACACCCUGCAAACCGGCCAUGGCCACCAUACGAGGCGGUCUCCCACCACCAACGAGGAGAGAGCACGGAAACACAGAAGGAAUUCGGCAAUGAGCUAGCUGAGCGCGCAAGAAGAAUUCAAGAGGGUCUCACAGAGAAACGGUCUCGAAGCCAAGAUCGCUACAAUCCUGCAACACAGGCAUUACAUGCUCUCCGACACAAGACAAGCAAAACGUCUCUCGCGCCUCGGGCCAACGAGCCACAACCCAAGGCUAUGAAGAUGCUCGGAAUAGGGGUCAGCCAGAGAUCAGAGCCUAUGGGACGAUUACCAAAUAUGGGAGCAAGAGGCGACCACGACUUUGAGCAAGGGUAUGACGAGGCUGACAACAGACCCACCCCGAGGCAAAGGCCUGCAGAGUUUGAGCACCCGAGUGGCAGACGAACUCCAGGGUUCUCGCGACCUGGACCUGGACCUGGACCUGGACCUUAUACCAUGAACCCGAACGAGGAUCCUGAACGGCGCUACCAACGCUCUGCGACACCGACCUCUGGGAGGCCAAGGCGUGAUCGUGCCGAGUCUGAGGCGGCCGAGAGGUCAAGAAGUCGGAACGGCCGGUACAGAGACGAGCCGCCAUUUUCGCCAGGGCAAUAUGGUAGACCAGGUCCACCUCAUCUACCGUUACAACGAGAACAGCGACAACGUCCCUAUGGUCCUCCAGAUGGGCCCAAUGGCUUUCCUGGGCCGCAUCCUGGGCCGCAUCCAGUCCGGGUCCCCAUGCGUGGUCCUCCCCCUGUUGAUCUGCGAACCUACGAGAGGUCUGCGUCGGCAAUGUCAAAUCGUCAAGCAAGUGCAAAUCGCCCCGGGCCGACCGGCUUUUACGAUGGGCGCUCGGCUACGCCAACCAUGGGUGGGACUCCUCAACUUGGACCUGGCCCGAUGCAGAUGGGAGCACCAAGGCCUUCUCCUCGACCCCCUUUCCCACAUUCACCCAUCAGUCCUUUUACAUCUCCACCUGGAAUGUCACCCGGUCUCCCUGGUCAGGCUUCCGGCGGACUCUCUGCGCUGCCAUCUCCAUCAGGCCCUCUGCCGCAGCAGCCACCUUCAGGACGUUUCACUCCGGUCGAAGGGCGAUCUACCCCAAUAGGCAGCCGCAAGAAAUCCGUCACCAAGGGCAUGAUCUCGGAACCAACAUUCAUUUCCAGCACUUCUUCCGUCCCCCUGGUGGGCUUACCAAAUGGGCCAAGGCCAACUCAAAUUGCCAGCCCUCCCAUUCCGUCUAUGAACCCACGCCGUCGUGGGAAUACCAUGACUGAGCGACCUGAUGGAUACCCUAGCCCACGGAUGCCGGCAUCCCAGAUGCCAGCGAUGCCGGAUUCCCCGGGUCGCGGAGCAGGCCUGCCAAUGUCAAGCUCGCAGCGUGCUUAUCUCGAUCAGCAACAGCAGGCACAGCACAAGCCUCCACCACGCCAGCGCAAUCGCCUCCGAAAGAUCAGCAGCGAAGGUGGAAGCAUGGCUGCCCGUGCCCGGAACCAGGCCAUGAUGGCUGAAUUUGGCCACGAAAGGCUUCGAAGCCCUGCCAUGCCUGUGUUUCCCAACCGAAGCGCCACCUCUCUCAGCAUUCACCAAGAUGGCGGCAUGUUUUGA